ACAAGAUCAUGGGAUCUGCAUGUUUUUAUUGCAGAAGCCCUGCAAACAUGGAUCAUGCAAAUCCUCUCCCUCCAAAAUAAAAACAAAAAAGCAAGCUUUGCUAUCCCAUCCAUCAAUUUCCUGACAUCUCAAAAGCACCCACCCCUUUCAAUUCUUUUUAUUUCUGUUCAGUCCUCCUCAGCCCUCACCCCUCAAAGUUGUAAUUUUUAUGUUUCAUCUCACAAAUCUUAUCCAACCCAAAUGAAUCUUUAGUUAACCAAUUAUCUUCUAAAACCAGCAUAAUUACCAUCAUUACUAAAAGGUUAAAACUUUGUCCUUUUAUGCCAGCAUGGACUUGGGCGUGCCAGUGUCCCUCUCUUUGGACUUUUCAAGUGCUUAAGUAAACUAAUUCGCCUUGACUCAGAUCCAAAAGGGUAAAAAAAGGUGCAACAAAGUGAUGAGUUUGAUUAGGUAGAAAAUGUUUAAUUACAUUGCAAGUCAUUUUCCAGCACAGAACUAGUAAAGGUAGGGGUGUUUGGGAUAUGUGCUAUGAAGGCAAAGAAAAGGAAUAGGAAUAGGAGCUAUAAGGGUAUAAGGGUAUAGGGGGAGUGUUUGUGAAAGGCAGAAUGAGUAUCUUUAGGAGAGGUCAGCGCAACAUAACACAAUACCAGCACAGCAUGCUUUACUUCCUGUGCUAAACAACCUAACGUUAUUUUAUGAGACUUCAGGUUGCGUGCAUUGUGCUCUAAUUCCGUUCCUGUUUUGUGUUCUUGGGUUGGUUGGUUCGCCAAGGGGAAUCUCUCUGGUUUUUAUCACCCUCUGUCUCUUUUUUUGCCUCCUCUCAAAUAACCUUCCUCUCUCCUUAAAAAGAGGAAAGACACACACCUAAGACAUAGAUAGAGAGAGAAACAUAGAUAGAUAGAGAGCAGGAGAACCCACUAAGCGUGCAAAUAAAAGACUUAAAGCAAAACUAGAUUGCAAUCCCGUGCUAUUAUAGCUCCCUCCACCUUUGCUUUUCCAGUGUUUUUUUUUUCUCCCUUCCUUUCUCUUGGUGGGGUUUCCGUUGAGCUGUGAUAACACUUGUGUUCCUCCUACUGCUACCUUAACCUACCCACCGUUUUGCAGUGGCCAAUACCUUUUAAGGUUACAUUGUAGGUCCUUCUGUCUUUCGGCUCAGAGUUUCUCACAAGGUCUUAGGCAAGUUUGCCUACCAAGAACCUCUUUUUUUUCUCAACUACAACAUGUGGUAUUUAGCCGAUUUAAGCUGCGGUUAGACUUUCUUGCAUACAUAUAUUUGGUGAGUAGUAUUUGAGCAAGGUGGAAUCUUAAUCUUCCUUUCGAGUGUGACGAGAGAAGUAGCGAUGGAUGAAAGGUCAAGAAACGAGGUAUCUCCUCAGCUGUUAGAUUUGAUCCCAAACGAGCGAGAGUGGCAGAUGAACAGAAACGAAGGGAAGUCCUCAGAGGAGAGAAAGCUCGAACUGAGGCUUGGUCCACCUGGUGAGGACUGGUCUCUCGGUGGUAAAAUGAAGAACGCCAACUCUGAAAGAGAAGAGUCUCUUCUCUCUCUUGGUUGCUUCCCUUCUUCGAACAUGUCUCAUGCAAUACUCAGCCCCAACAAUGGGUUCCAAAGCAAGGCCUCUCCAUGGCCAAACUACCACAACCAGGUUAACAACAAAACCUCUUCACCUUUUCUUCAGUUCCCAUCAGCUCCACCCGUGAUGGGAAAAGAUUCUUCACAAAACUGCUGCCCUAAGGUGGUAGAGUUGCAGAAUGGUUGUGGUGGUGGAGAUAGCAAAGUGUUCUCUCCCUCUUCUGCAAAUACAGCUGUGUCCCAGCCCAACACCUCUCAGAAAAGAACUGCUCCCGCUCCAGUGGUGGGGUGGCCCCCAAUUCGUUCCUUCAGGAAGAACCUUGCAAGUAGCAGCACUUCUAAGCCACCAACUGAGUCACAGCAUGAGCAGCACAACAAGGUUGCAGGCAAAAAACCUGUUGAUAACUAUGGUGGUAAAGGUUUGUUUGUGAAGAUCAACAUGGAUGGGGUUCCAAUAGGGAGAAAAGUGGACCUCAAUGCUUAUGACAGCUAUGAAAAUCUCUCUUCUGCUGUGGACGAACUUUUCAGAGGUCUUCUUGCUGCUCAAAGAGAUUCCUCUGCUGGUGGAGUUCACAACAAGCAGGAUGAAGAGAAAGCAAUCACGGGAUUAUUGGAUGGAAGUGGAGAGUAUACUCUUGUUUAUGAGGAUAAUGAAGGAGACAGGAUGCUUGUUGGGGAUGUGCCAUGGCACAUGUUUGUAUCAACAGUGAAGAGGCUGAGAGUGUUGAAGAGUUCAGAACUUUCUGCUUUUACCCUUGGCAGUAAGCAAGAGAAGAUAUCUCUCGACUCAGCAAUGAAAUGAAGAGAAGUUUGAGGUUUGAGGUUUUGUUCUGUUCCGCUGCUGAAACUUGAAGACUCCUCUAAUUUGACGUUUUGGUUCUUUUGUCCGGUGAAGAUCAUGGAAUGAAGCUGGAAGCUAGUUGCGUACAUUACAACUAAGUAAUGUGGUGCAUAUAUCUUUUUUUUUUUUUUUAGUUUUGAAUGAAGAUUUGAAAUGCUUAUGGGUUGUAUAAAUAGGGAAGGAAAACUUCAAAAUGUGUGUACCAAUGUUGAAUGAUGUACUGUUGAGUAAACCAUUAACUUGUUUUAUGGUUUGUAUUUUGAAGUCCCUUUUGUAAGGGGUUUCUCAAUGUCUUAAUAAUUUCAAAUCCACAUGGUAAGAAUCCAAAUUUGGUGAA